AUGAGGCCGGUUUGCACCAAUUACUCUCCAGUAAAACUUCCAUCAGACGAAGAGUUGGCACAAGCAAAGAGAGAAUCUGUACGUGGCGCUGAGAACGACGAAUACGAUGAGGACAUGGAGAUUCCGGAAGACGAGGAAGAGGAAGAGCAGGGACCGUCGGAGCCACGGGGACCGCAGCGGCAGGUGGUUGUUGAUGAGGAUGGAUGGACGACGAUUACGAAACUACAAUAA